UUGUUAGAAAUCGUGUGUAGUGUCUGACGAGCCACAAUAAACUACUUGUUAAAUUAUUUUUUCCAUAUUUUUCCAGGGUCAUCUCAGGAUGUUCAGGGUCUUGCUGCUCCUGUUGGCCGUGGCUGGUCUCCAUGCAAGACCACUGCACCGAUUCCCAAAUGGUAAAUUAAAACAAAUUGGGCCACAAAUGGUCCAAGGUGAACACAGGGAUAGCUCAGUUCUGAAGCACAUGAACACUGAUGUGAAACCCAAGAAGCAAUUACCAGUUCCCGCUGAGUUCUGCAGACAGGGAACAGAACCUUCCAGACGCUUCCUGAUGGACCUGAACACUGGGAUGCUCAAGCGUGGAGUUGGCGAAAUGAACAGAAGAGUUUCAGGAUUGGAUGAGUUCAGACAAGGCACUGAGAACAAGCUGCACACCCUGCAAGAGCUCAGAAUGCGUCCCAUGAUGAGAUCGCAGUACAGUGCUCAGAGCGAAAAACACGAGCAGAGAGCAAUCCCUGCCGAAGUGUACGGAAAAGGCACUGAAACUUCUAGAAAUGUCCUGAUGGACCAGAACACCGGCCUGCUCAAAGAACACAGGAACGAGAUGGACAGGAGAGUAGCGGGCUCAGCUAAAUGGGAAGUGGUUUCUGAGCAUGAGGACACAAGAAGCCAAGACUCUUCUGAACAUAAGGAGAACCACAAAGCAGUUCCUGUUGAGAUCCGCAGGCAGGGAACAGAACCUUCCAGACGCAUCCUGAUUGACACGAACACUGGGAUGCCCAAGGAGGAACUCAGCGAAAUGAACAGAAGAGUUUCUGGCUUCUACAAUCCAGCACCUAUUGAGAAGAGGCAGGGAACAGAACCUUCCAGACGCUUCCUGAUGGACAUGGACACUGGGAUGCUCAAGCAUGAAGUUGGCGAAAUGAACAGAAGAGUUUCUGGCUUCUACAAUCCUCCAGCUUAUGAGAUGAGGAAGGGAACCCAGAAUUCUCAUGCAACUCUGGUGGAUUCCAGAACUGGACAACUGCUGCCAGCUCUAACAGAGCUGCAGAGGAGCACAGAGCCAUUGGAUGAGUUCAGACAAGGCACUGAGUACCAGCCAUACAUCCUACAGGAGCUCAGAUUGAGUGCGCUGCACAAACAAGACACUGAACCUUCCAGAAACCUCCUGAUGGACCUGAACGCCGGUCUACUCAAAGAACACAGGAAUGAGAUGGACAGGAGAGUAGCGGGCUCAGCUAAAUGGGAAGUGGUUUCUGAGCAUGAGGACAUAAGAAGCCAAGACUCUUCUGAACAUAAGGAGAACCACAAAGCAGUUCCUGUUGAGAUCCACAGGCAGGGAACAGAACCUUCCAGACGCAUCCUGAUUGACACGAACACUGGGAUGCCCAAGGAGGAACUCAGCGAAAUGAACAGAAGAGUUUCUGGCUUCUACAAUCCAGCACCUAUUGAGAAGAGGCAGGGAACAGAACCUUCCAGACGCUUCCUGAUGGACAUGGACACUGGGAUGCUCAAGCAUGAAGUUGGCGAAAUGAACAGAAGAGUUUCUGGCUUCUACAAUCCAGCACCUGUUGAGAAGAGGCAAAGAACAGAACCUUCCAGACGCUUCCUGAUGGACAUGGACACUGGGAUGCUCAAGCAUGAAGUUGGCGAAAUGAACAGAAGAGUUUCCGGCUUCUACAAUCUUUCAGCUUAUGAGAUGAGGAAGGGAACCCAGAAUUCUCACGCCACUCUGGUGGAUUCCAGAACUGGACAACUGCUGCCAGCUUUAACAGAACUGCAGAGGAGCACAGCGCCAUUGGAUGAGUUCAGACAAGGCACUGAGUACCAGCCACACACCCUGCAGAAGCUCAGGAUGCAUGCCUUUGUUAGACCCCAGCACAGUGCUUAGAACGUGUAUGAAAGUCACCGUGUUUAGAAUUGAUGAGACCUGAUGGACAACGUUUGGCUGUGUUCGGUACGAUGACUGCAUGAAGACCAUCUCAGAACAUCUAGUUGACUUUACUGUUGUAUUCAGAGUUUCAUGCAAUAUUUGUAAUGACCU